AGAAAAAAAAUGCAGUGCAUACAAAAUGCAUACAUAAUUCCAGACACAGAAAUACAUUCCCACAAAAUACAAAAUACAGGUGUGUCUACUGUGGAAAUAAGCGUGAGAACAAUGUUGUUUCUCUUUUAGUCAUGAUUUAAUAUUUCUAUCAAAAACAUUAAAACUGUGUUGCAAUUUGAUCCAUGGUACAUUUUCUAAAAAAAAAAAGAAACAAAUCAAAGCCCUAAUCUAACCAAAUCUAAUCAAAGACGUCAAGACCAUAACAACAUAGAAUUUCAAGAAGACUUCAUACUUGGUUUUCACUACGGCAAAACUAUGCAAAAGCUCUGUUGUAUAUACCAGAACUUCACAUGUUCAGGAUGUAAUGGGCUGCUGCUCUAUUUCCACAUUCAACACUCAUGAGAUCCAAACAGUAAUUAGCAUGAACUUUUAACAUCAUGUGACAAAUUAUGAAACUUGUGAACUGGACAUUUAUAUAAUUAAUGAUAUUAAUUACACCUGUGGAUUUCCUGCACUUCAUAAAAGCAGCUGCACUGAUACAGUUAAAUCAAGAUACAUUUAUAAUACAAGCUAUAUUUUUGAUUUUGGUUUUGCUCACAGUCACCAUUGAAUUCUAAAAAUAGGCUGGUAAUAACUAUUCCCAGAUCAACUUCCGUGACACAGUUCAAUUUCACAACAAGCGUACCGGUUAUUGCGACUGUCUCUUCUCGGAAUCACUGAUUUAUGUUUGUGAUAGCGGCACACACACUCCACUAUGUUGCUAUGUAGAGAGCCAUCACCUCAGUUUGUCCUAAGGUGGACAUCACCAGCGACCCAUUAGGCAACACUUUGCUAAAUCCCUGGCAAUAAAAACCCUGCAGUUCGGACAUAAAAGAGCAAUUCUUUCUCUUAACAUUUACGAAAAUGUAGUUAAUCAAUGAUCAUCAUGGUGGCCUAGAUUCCCACACACAUCCCGAAUGACCGGAUUGACAUCCGCUGUUAAAAGCUCAUGAUGGUUACUGGAGAUAAACAGACUAUUUACACAGGUGGGAGAUUUGGGAAGGUGUGUGACAUCACUGGGGACUGUACAUAAAAGGGCUGAUGAGGACAGAUCGUCUCUGAGAAUGAACAACAUGAGACCCCAACUGCUGCUCGCGACGCUGCUGUGCAUGCUGUGUGUAGCACAGGUGCAGACGCAGGAUAACACACUGAAGCUGUGUGGCCGAGCGUUUGUACGGGCGGUGGUGUACACCUGUGGAGGAUCCAGGUGGAGACGACUGAUGGGAGAAGAGGAGACUCUACAAGACAGUAACAUGGAGCCAAAACGUAAGACGACAGACGUGCAAGCGAUGGACCAUCAUCAGCGGGACCAAAACCAGGCACUAAUAUCAGUGUGCUGUCAAAUAGGCUGUCGAAGGAGUGACCUCUCCAUGCUCUGCUAAAGGGGAACAUCCCCAGGGGGUCAUCAUCAUCAAUCUGUCAUUCAUUAGUGUAAAAUAAAAUCUUCACUGUCAGGAUGUGAUUUCAUUUUCUGUGCUACCAAAACUAAUAAACACCCAGAAUUUUGCCUACAAA